AUGGGUGGCGGACUCCCCUCUCUGCCAUUGCCCCUCCACCCCUCUCCUCCCCUCCCUUUCCUCUCUCUCCGAGCACACAUCCCGCAGGACCCUCUGCCAUUUCUCUGGCCUCUGCUCCUCUCUCUCUCCUUCUCCGCUUCGCAAGCUCCCUUCCCGCACUCCUCCCCCCGCAAUCCGGCACGAGGAGGAUGGGCCGGGGGCUCGCGUUCAUGCUCCCACCCCCUGAUAGACCCGGGCGCGCCUGUGAAGGGUAGAGACAGAGUGAGAGAUUUCCUUCGGGGCCCAGAGGUCUUCGCCGACAGGGCGGAUAGCCGAGUCAACUUGCAUGCAUCCCGCGGCCCGGCCGCUGGCGCAUACUCACACCCGCCGGCCGGGGAGAGGGCACGUCCUCUCCCCCCUGUGCGGCACCCUCUUCCCCUCCCUCCUUCCUCCUCCUGCCCGUGUCCUCUCCUUCCCGCUCCUCGACACCCUUUCGCCUUUGCCAGUUCGCGAAGGCCGUGUGUUUGCGGCGGGAGGCGAAGACACACCCCGUGCCCUUCCAGUUAG